AUGAGGGUCACCGGAGUAUCUAUAACGUUGGCAAACAGUAUAAUAGGUGUCGGUAUACUUGCAAUGCCAUUUUGUUUUCAACAAUGUGGAAUCAUUCUCGCAACCCUCAUUUUAAUAUCAAUGGGCCUAGUAUCCAGAUUAUGCUGUUAUUUUCUAUUAAAAUCAGCUAUCAUAACCAGAAGACGAAACUAUGAGUUUUUAGCUUUUCACAUUUUCGGAUCAGUCGGUAAAACAGCCAUCGAAUUAGGAAUUAUCGGAUUUUUGAUGGGCACAUGUGUUGCUUACUUUGUUGUGGUUGGAGAUUUGGGUCCUCAAAUUAUAGCAAAGAUUUUCAAUAUAAACCAAAGUGAUACAUUGAGAACAUCAAUUAUGGUGAUUGUGUCAUUGGUCUGUGUACUUCCUUUAGGGUUGUUACGAAAUGUGGAUAGUCUUAGUAAUGUCAGUGCUGCAACUAUAGCAUUUUAUUUUUGUCUAGUUAUUAAGGUAAUAGCUGAGGCUGGGAGCGAGAUGAUCUCAUCUGAUUGGACAAGUCGGAUAGAGUUAUGGAAACCAUCUGGUGUGCUUCAAUGUGUACCGAUAUUCUCUAUGGCAUUGUUCUGUCAGACCCAACUGUUUGAAAUCUUUGAAUCAUGGCCGAUGGCUUCAUUGGAUAAAAUGUGUAUGGUUACCAAAAAUGCGAUCAAUAUUUGCUCAGCUGUAUAUUUCACACUUGGAGUUUUCGGGUACAUCGCUUUUGGCUCAAAAGAAAUAUCAGGGAAUAUUUUAGUGAGCUUGAGUCCUACUAUGGCGAGUGACGUCAUCAAGUUGGGAUUCGUAAUGUCCUUGGCGUUCAGUUUCCCACUCAUAAUAUUCCCGUGCAGAGAGAGUCUGUACUCAUUUUUCUAUAGAACGGCGAUGUCCGGUGACCGUUCAGCGAUGUCGGUUCGUUCUCACAGAGUACUGACAGCCCUUAUAGUGGGAGCUUCUUUAUGUUGUGGCGUCGCAUUACCAGCGGUGGAGCGUGUACUUGGUCUAUUGGGAUCGUCCGCGGGAUCUCUUGUAUGUUUGGUCUUUCCUGCCGCCUUAUAUUCAAAUCUGUGCCGACGAGAAAAAGGCGAGAAAAUAGCCGCGCGUAUGGUGGUGGCUCUUGGACUAAUGGUUUUGGUUUUGGGAUCGUACGCUAAUAUAAAAUCUCCUGAUACACGUGAUCAUUACGAUCAUAGCAUAGAGAGGGAACGUAUUGAUCGCAUCGUUGAAGACUUUUUCCAUAAAAUGGAGAGAUCUGAUGAAGUUAUGGCGAAACCUGAAAUGCAGAUCCCGUCUCGUGUGGAAGUGAACAAUUUGGAAAAUUCAAUCAUCAAGGACUCUGAAGUGCAACCACCGAACCCGGUACCGCCGGAAUCACACUCCGAUGAGAAGAAAUCACCACCGUUUAAUAUAGUAGACAGUAAAUUAAAACAACUUGUACAGGAACGCAAGGAAUUGGAUAAAGUAGCAGAAGCUAAACCAAGUAACAUACAGAUAAAAUUAAAUGGCGAAGAAGUAGCUAAUGGCAUCAAACUAACAAAAGAAGAAAAUAUUAAAAAAGACGAGGAAAAAGUUAAAGAGAUCAAGACGGCGUCGAAUCAGGAAAAAAUUGAUAUAAUAAAGCAACAACAGUUGAUAGAAACUAUAAAACAACACGGAGAAGAACAGAGAGAACUUAUUAAAGAACAGAAAGAAAUCUUGGUUGAGUUAAAGAAGACGAAAGAUGAAAUGAAGAAGAAUAAAGAAGAAUCUGACAGUAAAGAUGCGAAAAAAAUAGCCGUUGAGAGCAUACAGAAAAUAGCUGACGUUGCUAUAAAGAGCUUAGUCGGCGAUACAGAUAAGAUUGAAGACAAAAAUUCAAAACCCGAAGAGCCAAUAGCGAAUAUAAUAAAUAAAGCCGUAAGCGAUAUCGCUAAGAAAGCUGAGGAAACUUUGGACGCUAUAAAGAAAGAUGAAGCCAAAGAAGAUAAGCCUAUAGAGAAAUUAAUUGUACAAGAUAACGUAGGAAAAUCACUCGACCAGCAAAAGCCAGUACAAAAACCUCAAGAAAUCGAAGACAAACCAGUUAAAAUAGUGACUGAGCGCAAAAAUGUCGAUGCUAAUGUUCCUAUAAAUAUCCAAAACCAACCUAAGAUAAAUGAAAAAGAUUCAACCAAGGAAAAUCAAAAUGCACAAGUUAUUGGUGAUAAACCUAAAGAACAUGUACAUAUGCCGGAUGAACCACAAUCAUACAAACAAGGAGAGGAUGUACAGAGUGAUAAACAAAAAAUUUCUAAUAUAAAUAACAAGGAAAAUAUACCCAAAGACAAUAAAGAUAACUUAAAUAAAAUACAACAAACAGCUGGCAGUAAUAAAGAGCAGAACGGUUUUAUAUACAAAGAAACAAAUAUACUCAAAGAUAUAGCGAACGGUAAUAUAAUACCGAGAAAGAAGAGAGAAGUUGUGGAUUGUACGGAAAAAAUGCUUUUAAAAGCAGAAAGUAGACAGAUAUGUUUGAAUCAAUUCAACAAGAGGGACGAUGAAAAUAAAGAUUCUUAUAUAAAAAAUGUUAAUUUAGGCGAAGUCGAUCUACAGAAUAGUCUGCCCAUACAUAUUAGAUCAUUAAAAAGUAUAAAUGAAGUGAAAAACGACAGUCUUUAA